ACGUCAGAAAAAUACUAUGCACAAGCUGUACUUGCAAGUUCAGCUGUAACCAACUCAAAUCAAACGACCUGUAAAUUGUCAAUGGCUUAUCACAUGUACGGCUCACAAAUUGGUAAAUUGGAAGUGAUUGCUCACACUACGUACAGAAACUCUUCAGUAUGGAGUCGUUUUGGCAGCCAGAGAAAUUCGUGGUUAACCACUACUGUUGACUUUGGAAGCAUAACUGGCUCGUUUGAAAUUUAUGUGAGGGCUUCACAUUCAUAUGGCUCUAAAGGAGAUAUUGCUUUGGAUGAUCUUUCACUGACUAAUUGUCCUCCAGGUUUUCCACUUCUUCCACCAACUUCAUUCCCGCCUCAACCAUUUCCUAACACGAAAUGCUCGUUUGAAACCAAUCUUUGCGCGUGGUCUAAUGAUGUCUCUAAUGACGUUGAUUGGGUUAUGCGGCAAGGACGUACUCCUUCAUCUCAAACUGGGCCUACCGAUGAUCACACAUACCAAAAUCGCCGUGGUAAGUACAUCUACUUUGAAGUCACAGGUGCAAGCUAUUCUAGUCAUGCCGUUCUUGUCAGUCCUGAGUAUCUCAAGAGUGGCAGUGCAUGUCGCUUGCAGUUUGCAUAUCAUUUCUAUGGCAGUAACAUUGGAGACAUGCACGUCUACUUUGUGACUAAUGGAAAUGGAAAAAUUCAUAAUUUGUGGUCUACAAGGGGAAAUCAAGGAAACGCUUGGCAAAUGCGUUCAGUGUUUAUUGGACCACAGACGGACUUCAAGAUCUAUUUUAAUGGCACUCAUUAUAGUGGUUCCAAGGGUGAUAUGGCACUUGACGAUAUCUCAUUUCUUGGCUGUGAUCCGAAUACACUUGUACCAACCACUGACUGGUGGUGGUGGCAUACAACAACAGCUUACCCACAUCACUGGCGGUGGCGGUAUACAACAUCACCGCCUGGAAAAGAUGAUAAAUCAGCGACUCCAAUAAUUGUUGGAGUUACAGUUUCUGUAAUAUCGGCUGUAUUGGUAUUUGUUAUCGUUUUAAUCGUCAUAAUCCUGGUAAGACGCAGACAGGCGACCACUUCCACAACGACGACAACAAGUGCUCAAGUAUCUGCUGGACAACCGGCGCAGUUAAUUUUCGUACCAUCUGCAUAUCUGAAUGUGACAUAUCCCAGUCUUCAAUUCAAUUCUAAUGAAUUGGGAGCUCCGCCUUCGUACGAGACCGUGAUUGGCUAUCGAAGCGAUAGUCAAACAGUUAACUUUGGUGAGAUGAACCAGCAAUACGUCGCCUGA